AUGCAACCGCAGCCACAGACACUCGCCCCAGCCCCGCAUCAUUCUAACAAUCUCCAGUCUCCUACUGCGCAGGUACAGUUACACCCCACCCCCUCUCUCUUCCCUCUUCCUUCCUCCACACCAACCACCGUGUCUACACGUAACCGCACAACCACCUCGUGGACCCGCUUCGUUAUCGUUGCUGACACCCCACCAGGAAGUAACAACCGAGCAAAGUUGCUCUCCCUGUACAACCUGCCCUGCAUCGACGAUGAAGUGCUAACCAAGCGAUCUGUGGCAGCUUUACGAGCCCAUCUCCUCUUGGGAGAAGAGGUCCCGCCCCCGCGGCAACAGUCAGAACAACCUUCGAUCCUCACACUUGUUCCAGAAUCUAACGCUCCCGGUAGUUCGAGUCCUCACGAGAUGGCUUCUCACGACAUGAACAUUGACCCGGCGAUCUCGGGGGUGGGCGCUCCGCAAGCGCAACAACAACAGCAGCAGCAACAGCAACAACAGCAGCAGCAGCAGCAGCAGCAACAGCAGCAAAUGAUGGUGCAGCCGCAGAGUCCACCAUUGAAUAACAACGCCGGAACCUCUCCUGGUGUAGGCAGCGGCGGAGAUCAACAGAGCGGCGCAGAAGAAGCGGGCGCGGAAGGCUCCGGACAGAAACGCGGUGGGAAAAGGGAACUUUCAACCUCCAAGCGCGCUGCACAGAAUCGCGCUGCACAGCGCGCAUUCCGCCAACGUAAAGAGGGUUACAUCAAAAAGCUCGAGGAGCAGGUCCGCGAAGCAAACCAAAUGCAGGAAUCCUACAAGUUGAUUCAGUCUGAGAACUACCAACUUCGCGAUUAUAUUAUCAACCUUCAAUCGCGCCUUAUCGAAUCUCAGGGCGAGGAGGCUGUUCCCCCGCCGCCUAUACAGUUGCUUCAAAUGUCGCCAUCUUUGGCACUUUAUUUGAACCAUGAUGCGCCACCACAGGCAGCAGCGGGUGCACCAACAGCGAAUAUGGGGGGUGUUGCGGGUGUCCCGGACUUGAACAAUAUGAACGGGAAGAGGCAACACGAUGAAGACCCUAACAAUGCGUUCCUACAGAACGUCGCCGUACAAGUGCAGGGCAGUGGCAUUUUCAACCAACAGCAGCAACAACAGCAAGCGGGAAACGCAAGCCCGGUACAGGCGAAAAGGGCGAAAAACAUCAAUGGUGGAAUGGAGGGCGUUGUUCAGGAGGAAGCCCCGAAGCCAACUACUAAUGGGAAUGCGAACUAA